GAGCGUUUGGACGUGAAGCUGGCAAGGUGCUGCCGAUAGCUGCUGGGGUUCCUCCCGCUCUUUUCCGUCCGCGGAAACAAAGCUUACAAAAACAUUUAGAAGAGGAAAGAGAAAUCAAAGGGAAGAGACAUCAAUCAAAGAAGAUGGAGAAUGAAAAAAAAAAAGUUGUUAAGUCUUCUAAGAUCAAUAGAUGGCAGUAAGAAAUAUGUACAUUCCAAGGCUGUAAAAAGUAACAUGGUUUCAAAACCAUUGGUUUCAAGUGACUUAGCAAGUGUACUUCAUCUUAAUGAAUUAGAUCCUGGAAGGUAUUCUUUAUGUGGUUGAACUAACAUUGCUAAUAAUUCUUUCUUUCAGUGGCAACAGAUGUCUUCAAUUCUAAAGGUUUGGCCAUUCAGGCCCAGAAGAAGAUUCUUGGCAAAAUGGCAUCCAAAUCAAUAGCAACAGCUCUGAUAGAUGACACUAGCAGUGAUGUGUUGGAUGAACUCUACAGAGUGACGAAGGAAUACACACAAAACAAGAAGGAGGCAGAGAAAAUAAUUAAAAACCUCAUCAAAACUGUUAUCAAAUUAUCAAUUCUUUACAGAAAUAACCAGUUCAAUCAAGAAGAAAUCAUUCUUAUGGAGAAGUUUAAGAAGAAGGUUCACCAGCUGGCUAAAACUGUGGUUAGCUUCCAUCAAGUGGAUUAUACCUUUGACAGAAUUUUUUUGUCAAAACUGUUGAAUGACUGCAGAGAUCUUCUUCAUCAAAUCAUUCAGCGUCACCUCACUGCUAAAUCACAUGGACGUGUCAACAAUGUCUUUGAUCACUUCUCAGAUUGUGAAUUUCUGGCUGCAUUGUACAAUCCGUUUGGACCCUACAAGUCUCAUUUGCAGAAGCUUUGUGAUGGUGUCAACAAAAUGCUAGAUGAUGGAAAUAUAUAAUUAACUGCAACAGACUGAUCAUAUGUUCAAAGACCGAGGAUGACUUAUGUCUCAUUGUUUUCAUGAAGGAAGGAGGGAGGUGUAGGGAAAAAGUAAUGUGGAUAGUGGUAUGAAGCAAAUGUUUCAAAUAUCAAACAAAAUGGUAUAAAAUGUCUUACCA